UUUUCCCCGACCAAAAAGAGCGAAUGACCAACUACUCAAUAGUUUCCCUGUCGUAAGCAAAGCAAAGAGCAAAAGGUGCUAACUAACCCUUGUUCGUUUUGUUCUUCCCCGGCUUCGGAUUCUUUUUGCCCCAGGGUCUCCAGAAUCUUGGGGUCCAUUUGGAGCGAAACCAGUCCGUGAUCAGGUUCACCCCUUUUAUAUCAAGCACAUAGCCCAGCCACACCCCAGGAUUUACCUCCCUUUCAUCUCUUCUUUGAUUCUUAUCAAUCCUCACCGUUCAGACGUUUACUCAUCUGGACGUAUCCCAGUCUUUGUACUGUUAUCUUUUGUCAAAGGGUGUCCAAGUCGUCUCAUAAACAAAAUAAACCCCAGGCACACGCAGAAAAACAAUACAAAAGUCAAGAUACCCAAGGGGAAGGGCUUCCAUCAUGACGCUCCUCGCCCUCAAGGAGGAUCGGCCGACGCCCAAGGCCGUCUACAAUUGGCGCGUCUAUCUUUGCGCGUCCAUCGCGUCUUUUGCGUCUUGCACCAUCGGCUACGACUCUGCCUUCAUCGGCACGACGUUGGCCCUGCCUUCCUUUACCGAUGAGUUCCAGUUUGACACGUACUCGGCGUCGGACCUGGCGUUGCUCAAGGCAAACAUUGUCUCGCUGUACCAGGCCGGUGCCUUUUUCGGUAGCUUGUUUGCCUAUGUUUCGAGCUACUUUCUCGGUAGGAAGAAGAGUUUGAUGAUGUUUUCUCUCAUCUUCAUGGUUGGUGCCAGUAUCAUGCUUGGCGCCACGAGGGAAAGGGGUCUUGGACUGAUUUUGGGAGGAAGAGUUUUGGCUGGUCUGGGUAUCGGCGGCAUGAGUAACAUGACACCUAUCUACAUCUCGGAGCUUGCACCUCCAGCCGUCCGCGGUCGUCUCGUCGGAAUAUACGAGCUAGGCUGGCAGAUCGGUGGACUGGUCGGCUUCUGGAUCAACUACGGAGUCAACAGCACCCUCCCGCCCUCGCACUCCCAAUGGCUGAUCCCCUUUGCCGUCCAGCUCAUCCCCGGCGGCUUGCUCCUCCUCGGUGCUAUCUACAUCCCCGAAUCACCCCGGUGGUUGUUUGAAAAGGGUCACCGUGAAAAGGCCAUCAAGAUUCUCUGUUGGAUGCGCAACCUUGAGCCGGACCACCAGUACAUUCGCGAGGAGAUCUCAUACAUUGACGAUGGUCUCGAGCAACAGCGCCGUGAGGUCGGUGCUGGUUUCUGGAAGCCUUUCACUGCUCUCAAGGCCAAGCGUGUUCAGUGGCGCUUCAUCCUCGGUGGUCUGCUCUUCAUGUGGCAGAACGGAUCCGGCAUCAACGCCAUCAACUACUACAGCCCGACCGUGUUCAAGAGCUUGGGUAUCACGGGUACCAACACUGGUUUCCUGACCACGGGUCUGUUUGGUGUGGUCAAGACUGUCUUGACUAUCAUUUGGCUCAUGUGGAUGAUUGACCACUGGGGACGUCGCCCGCUUUUGAUGCUGGGUGGUAUCGGUGGUGGGGCUUGCAUGUGGUUCAUUGGUGCCUACAUCAAGAUCGCCCAGCCUGAGAAGAACCCCACUACGGGUAGUCUGCCGUCUGGUGGUAUCGCUGCUAUCUUUAUGUUUUACCUUUGGACUGCCUUUUACACUCCUUCGUGGAACGGCACACCGUGGGUCAUCAACUCGGAGAUGUUUGACCAGAACACUCGAUCCCUCGGUCAGGCCAACGCAGCCGCCAACAACUGGUUCUGGAACUUCAUCAUCUCCCGCUUCACCCCGACCAUGUUUGAGCAGUGGGGCUACGGCGUCUACUUCUUCUUUGCCUCGCUCAUGUUCGUCUCUGUCGUCUUCAUCUUCUUCCUCGUCCCCGAGACCAAGUCGAUCCCUCUGGAGAAGAUGGACCGCCUCUUCGAGAUCAGGCCCGUCUAUCGCGCAAACGCCACUGUCAUGUCUGAGCUGGGUCACCACUCUGACGGAAGCUCGCCCGUUCUCGGUGGAGAGGUAGAGAAGGGAGAGGCUGGUAUUGUCGAGGAUGGUCAGGUCACUCCGCCACCUACAUAUGCCCAGCAGCCUAAGGAUGCAGUUGCGUGAGGGAAUGGAUAAUGUUUUUUUUUAGAGCUGACUGCAAGAUGGGCAUGUGUAUUUUUUUUGGGUUCGUCCUUUUUAAUUAGCGCAAGGUGUUGCGUUAUUAUACCAUAAAGAGAAAGUAGCUGGCUAGGAAGUGGUAGGCAUAUAUAUUAUACCCUAAAUCAACAAAAUUAAG